AUGAGGACACUUGCAUUUUUCCUCACUCUGUUUUCCAUCUGUGCAGCUGAGAGAAGGGAUCUUUCUGGCAAGGUCUUCACCUUCCCUCGUGUGUCUGCCACAGACUACACGACACUGACUCCAGAUGUUGAAAAAAUCCUCUUCAGUGUCACUGUGUGUCUGAGGUUCUUCACAGACCUCAGUAACUCACAGACUCUCUUCUCCUUAGCCACUCGUUCUCAUGCCGAUGGUUUUGUGCUGUUCAGACGCAGUCAGGGACACUACCAGCUGUAUUUGGCUGAUACUGGUGUUGAUUUCUAUGGCUUGCCUGACAAGUUGAUUCACUGGAAUUCACUUUGUGUCACCUGGGACUCCUCCACGGGUUUGUCUCAACUAUGGGUAAAUGGAGAAGCUAGUUCCAGAAAGGCUCUUCAUCCAGGAGGUUCUAUCAUUGGUACUCCCAGUAUCAUACUGGGUCAGGAUCAGGACUCCUAUGGUGGCGGAUUCCAUACUUAUGACUGUUUUGUGGGUCAGCUCUCUGAUGUGCACAUGUGGGACCGUAUUCUAUCCCCCUGUGAGGUGAUGAAGUAUACAGACUAUAUGUCCUUCCCACCUGGCAACAUGCUAAACUGGCAGAACUUGGAGUUUAGCAGACAAGGAUAUGUGGUGGUAGAGGACAAUAGGGCACCAACACACAUGACAUGCCCUGGCAGAGAUUAA